CACAAAUGAUAAACCACCAAUAAUAAUUAAACAACUGUUUCUACAAUUUAUUUUUCAACGUAACACUUGCGAAAAUGAUUCACAAAUGAAUUUUGAAAAAAUUUCACGUCAUGUUGAACACAACUGUUUGAAAAUCUUCAAUUUACCGAUCCGUACUCUCUAGUCAACAUGGGAUUUCCACUUAUCUAUUUUUAUUUUACUCUGAUACUAUUCCUUCAUAUUUGUAAUUCCUAUUCAACAAAUCCGUUCGAUGAUACGAUAUUGUACAAUAUAAAAUGGCCUGGAAGAAAUCCAGAAGAAAUAGCGGACAUAAUUGAUCCUGAAAAUUAUGAAAUUGGAGUAACCGAUCGUCAAGAAAGAUAUGUCUGUUUCUUACCGGCCGAAUCCAAAACUUCAGACGAGGAUGGUAACUCUCAACACUCGACGGUUAAUCCGAUACAACUCAUGAAACCUUUAUUCGAUCAGUCUACUUGUUCCUAUCGGCUUGAAACGUAUUGGGCAUAUGAGAUAUGUCAUGGUAAAUUUAUCAAACAGUAUCACGAAGAACGAGAUGGUAAAAAAAUGAAAAGACAAGAGUAUUAUCUUGGUAAACUAGAUCCAGCUAUAUUUGAUGGCAUCAGUGAUGCUUUUCGAGAAGCUCGACACGUAGAUAGUAAAUUAAUUAAGACGAAGAAAAUUGAAGGAAUGGAUAUACCGUACUUUCAAUUGAACUAUACCGAUGGAACAGCUUGUGAUUUGAUUGAUAAACCUCGUCAAACGAACGUUCUCUAUAUGUGUUUCAAUUCCGGAAGAAAUGAUAUUUAUUCGAUUAAGGAAAUUUCCACGUGUCUUUACGAAGCCAUCAUUUUCACUCCUCAUUUAUGUUUACAUCCUUUAUACAGACCGAAGAAUUCGGCCGAAAAAGAUAUCAACUGCACACCAUUAGAUCAGCAACAAGCUCGAAAACCUGCCGCUUUAAUGGCGAUGGAAGCCGAAGGAAUGAAACAGAAACAAGAACAGAUAAUCGACGAAGAUCAAGUUUUAAAAAAAGUCUUCGCUGUGUUUUCUUUUGAUAAAAGUGAAAAUCAGGUCGAGUUGCUAAGUAUAAUGGACGAUGAGUUUGAUGGCGAGACCAAAUUACAUUUUCAUAUACAUCCCAUUGAUGUUUUACCCGAAGUAACCAAGGCUUCUGGUAAACCAGAGUUACCUCGUAAACCAGAUCUUGCAUUCGAUGUAGAUGCCUUCUUAGCCGGAGAUUAUUGCCUAGAAGAUGGCAAAGGAUGGUGGAAAUAUGAAUUUUGCUAUGGCAAACACGUGAUACAAUUCCACGACCAACAAGACAAUUCUAGAACGAUUAUUAAAUUAGGUGAAUUUCACGAAGAAGAUCAUCGUAAAUGGUUACAAGAGAAUCCCAUUAGGAAACCGUACAAAAAAACAGCAUUCCCUGUAACGCAUUUCUACUCGAGAGGCAGCUUCUGUCAUUCGAUCAAUGGCAUGAGAGAAGUUGAGGUUCGAUUUAAAUGUCCUACCGGUGCGGCGGUGCCAUCUUCGGCCGUAAAAAUGAUCUUGGCUGAGCCUCAAACGUGUAAAUAUGUAUUAAAUAUCGAGUCGGCGAUAUUUUGCGAACUCAAUCCAACCGUCGAUGAUUAUGGAAUGUUUCGAAAUAUUAAAACUACUACCAUAGAAGAUGAUCAUAUUGAAUUGUAAAUAGUAUUGUGAUGUUUUUUUGUUUUUUAUAAUGUAUAUUUUUCUUCAUUUUCAUGAUGUACUGUUAGAAAUUAAGGUGGGAAUAUUUCAUUACGUGGUUGUGGAAUAUUUCUGUUUGUUGUUGUUUUUUUCCUUGUAAUUUUUAAAAAAUUCAUGAAAUUGUGAAGAUCA